GAACACGCUCAACUCUUAUUUGUAACAAGCAUCUACAACAGAAUCUGUUAACUGCAAUCGAAUAUUCAUUAUAAAAAGGUCGCACGAAUUUCUCCUAAACAGGUCAUAAAGCAAAAUGUUUCUACCCACAGUGGUCUCUGUGACAGUUUUGUGCGUGGCUGUUAUAGGCUCCGAGAAAAAUUGGACUUAUGAAUUGAUAAGCGUGGAAUCCACAUCCAGCGAUCCCAAUAUAGCCGACAUUGCCGUAUCCGAAAAAAGAAUUCGUCGCGGCCUGUACGCCUUCAGUGGAUUUUUGGACUUUAAAACUGACUUGGAUGACACCACCACUCUCGAUUUGCGAGUGUAUCGUAGUUCUACCGAACGUGACGAGGACUAUCAACUAACGCCAUUCGUCAUUGAAAAUGAAAUUCUUACGAAUUUCAUAAAUUUCCACUAUAAGGCCUACAUUAUGGCGGCGAUCAAGGACUGUGCUCCAACUGCUCCACAAUACGAUGGGGAUUAUGAAUUUGAGCCACCAUUUGCAAAAAUUCGCAUUGAUGUGAAUGAGUGUGGCGUGCCCACAGAUGGUUUUCCGAAUUUAAUGGAGUACGGUAUGUAUAAAAUCGAGGCAUAUCUACGCAACGACAUUGAAAUGUUCUUAAAAAUUAUUGUGAGAUUGGAACAAAAUCUGUGAAAUUUGAAAAUGUGAAAAGAACUAUCUAUUGAAAUGUCUUUAAAACCUUCAAACAUUAAAAGAUUCUGUUUUUGCUGUUUUCUUUUCAAAAGUCACAUAAAUAAGAUUUUAUUUGUUGUAAAAAAUAUAUUCCCAUUGA